AUGUCGCCGUCAAAGCCACAGUCACACUCCGUCACAGCAACAACCUAUACCAGCAUACCCAUUUCCGUCUCGGGCUCCGACGCCAUCACCCGAUCCAUCAAAAACCUCAACGACGCCGUUUCCCGCCGCCGCCCUUGGUCCGAAUUCGCCUCCUCGAUCUCCCGACUCGACUCCUUAUCCUCCGCCCUGACCCGUAUCCAGACCAACGCCAACCACUUCCGGGUCAAUUACUUUGGGCUUGUGAACGUUACAUUGGGCCUCGGAGUUGGGCUUGUCUUGUGUGGGGUCCACGGGCUGCUUCGGAACACGGAAGGCUUGUUUCUCAACGAGAAUGAAGCUGCUUCUCAGGGAUUGAUUGGGCCCACAUAUUCAACAGUCUGA